AUGAGAGACAUUGGCCAAGCCAACGAAACUAUCGACGGCCAGGUGGUCACAGCCUCGCGCCUUCUCAAGGAGUACCUCUUCAGCCUGCCCAUGAUUCAGCGUCCAUACGACUGGCCAGAGGACGAAGCGUUGGGGCUCUUGGAUGAGUUGCUGGAGAGUGUGGGCCCAAGCACAGGUCGGCAAGUCAGCGAGCUGGAGCAGUACAUGUUGGGCAUGAUAACCCUGUCAGAAUCCACAGGGAGCAGUGGCAUCAAGUUCAAUUGUAAGCUCAUCAUCGACGGGCAGCAACGCAUUAUCACGCUGGCACUGAUACUGGCCGCCGCGCGGGAGCAGCUGGAGUCCGCCGCCGAUGCCGGCAACAAGGCAGCCGGCAAGGUGGCAGCCAGCCUGGUGGAGCGGCUGUACGAGGAGGGAGAUGAGGCCGAAGACCUGGCUGACCAGCCUCGCAUUGUGCUCAAGUCCAAGGCUGACACCGAGUUUCUGACCAACCUGUUGACAGACCCGGGCUUUGUGCAGCAGCCGGGCACCAAAGUGCCGCUGGAGGGCAGCUCCCAGCCCAAGCUGUGGGCCAACAUGCAGGCAGAGGCAUCCAACCUGCCCAUCGUGGCUCUGCGGUGGCCCCCGUCCGCACAGGAGGCAUUUGGCAACAAGUGGGAGGAGCAGGAGAAGGCUCUCGGCAGGGAGGAGGGGCUGUCGGAUGUGGCCAGGCAGCUGGCGCUCAUCUUCUUGGGAAGGUUUCCAACUACCCACUCGGAGUUUGAUGAUUUGGACGCUCUCUUCAAGGCGUUUGCGGCAGAGCUGACGCCUGUGGCAGCUGCCACUGCUGGCGAAGUGUUCUUUGAGGACGCGUACAGCGAGCUUCAGGACGCCGACCUCCGCAGCUCGCACAGUGGGUCGCAGCAGGCCUGCCGGGAUGCCAAUUACCUGCUGGGCGUGCUGGGGCGAUGGAAGAAGCAGAGCGAGUGGCGGGCGCCGGUACUGGUGAUGCUGGUACUUUUUUCAAAGCGGAGGCUGUCGGACGAAGCCCUGCUGGCCUGCCUGGCAGACGUGGAGCGGCUGCUGGUGUGCGCUGUGCUGUGCAAGUGGACGCCCAGGAAGCGGAAGGAACGGUGGCUGCAGGUGCUGGAAGAUCUGGGCUGCGGCAGAGGCACCACCUACCACCUGCUCCAGCAGCGUGCAGCCCCAGCGGCCCUCCCUCCCUCGCUGGAGCUUGCGGCCGAGGAGCUGGCGGCUGCGCGGGCUGCGCUUGCUGGACCUGUGUACGACACAUACGCCAAAGAUGUCCCCCGCCUGCUGCUCAUGCGGCUCAACGAGUUCCUGCUGAGAGGGGCGGAUGCCUCCUACGUCACCUAUGAUGACAAGGCGCGGACGCAGCUGACGCUGGAGCAUGUGCUCCCGCAGAAGAUGGCAGAGGGCAGCGGCUGGGCGGCGGCGUUCCCACCGGAGCAGCACGCUCACUGGGUGCAUCGCCUGGGGAACCUGGUGCUGCUAGCCAGCAGAAAGAACGCGGCCGCAGGCAUGCUUCCCUUUCAAGAUAAGAAGAAGAAGUACUUCUUCAGCGGCGGCGCCAAUGUAGGAGUGGACCCUGAAGUGCUGCAACAGCGGCAGGAGUAUGUGCUGUCGCUGGCGCUGCGUUGCUGGCAGCUGCAUGAGAGGGCUCCCUGCUGA